AUGCUCUGGGUCUCCAAGCGGCGACCGCAGCGAUAUCUUCUAACAUGUCGGCGAUUCUCUCUCGCAUCUUGUGCUGCUGUUCUUCCCGAACAGGAAUCAUGUCGCAGCUACAGCGCCUGCGUCUCCCGAUUGCAGCAAUGUAUCAGAUCCCAGGCGCUCCGCGAUGGCCAAAGGAUUCACGAUUGGAUACUGGGCUCUUCGCUGCGCGGCGACCCCUUUCUGGGCAACCUGGUGAUCCAGAUGUAUGCCACCUGCGGCAAUGUGGCCGGAUCGUGGUGGGUGUUUGGAGAGGGCAUCCAUCGCCGCAAUGUUUUCUCGUGGAACACAAUGAUGGGAGCGUUUCUUUCGAGCUACCAGGUGGACGAAGCAAUGAUCCUGUUCAAGAAAAUGCCCCAGAGGGAUGUUGUCUCCUGGAACACCAUACUUGCAGCAAAUGCCCAACUAGGCGAUUUGGACUUCUUACAAACGAUCUUUGGCCAAAUGCCACAGAGAGGUGUGAUUUCAUGGAAUACAAUGAUAACAUCCUUUGCGCAAUCAAAAGAUACGUCCCGCGCCAUCGAAGCUUUUGCGAAAAUGCCAAAGCAUACUGUCGUAAGCUGGACCGCGGCGCUGACUGCAUUUGCCGAGAAUGGGCAUUUUGAUAACGCUUGUGUUCUCUUCGAUUAUAUGCCCGAGCGAAACGACGUCUCUUGGAGCGCAAUGGCGGCCGCCUACGCCGAACACCUCCUCCCGGAUCGCGCCAUCGAAGUUGUCUCCGCACGGAUGCCGCAGUGGAGCAUCACCUCCCUGAGCUCGCUCAUCCAGGCGCUCCUUCAAUCCCACCGCCCGGAUCAGGCAUGGAUCGUCUUCGCUCAGAUGAACGAGCGCAACGAGUUUGCCUGGAACAUCAUGCUCCAGGGUCUGCUCUUUCACGAUUUCCCCGCCGGGGAGCUUGUUCUCGAUAAAAUGCCCUGCUGGGACGUUAUCGCUUGCAAUACCUCCAUUGUAGCAUAUGCCCAAAACAGACAUAUUGCGAAAUCUCGCGCUAUUUUCUUUGCGAUGCCGCACUGUUCGGUGGCUUCUUGGAACGCCAUUCUUGACGCAUUUGUGCAGAUAAACUCGGUGGAAGAAGCUAGUCGGAUAUUCUGUCUGAUGCCUUGCCAAGACGCAGUGUCGUGGACGGCAAUCCUGGCAGUGUAUGCUCAGAAUGGGCAUGUCACCAAAGCACAGGGUCUGUUUCAGAGAAUGCCGGCGGGAAGGAGCAUAUUUGCGUGGAAUUCACUGCUCCACGCGUGGAGCCAGGCUAAAUUUCCUCACACGGUGGCCGCCAUCUUCCAUCGCAUGCCCGGGCAGGACUUGGUUUCCUGGAACACUCUUCUCGCAGCCUAUGUUCGCAGCGGUUUUGCAAGAGAAUCGCUGCAAAUCCUGUGCCGCAUGGAUCUGGAAGCCGUGGGGAUAGACGAGAUCACUUUCAUCAGCGUCUUGGAUUCCAUCUCUGCGGCCUCCACAAACUGUGAUAGCAGGUUCCUCCUCGAUGAGUUUCUGGGCAAUCCAGAAGCUUACAGUCUCGUCCAAAGUUCUUGCGUGGUGGCAAACGCGCUUGUCGCCGCCUGUGCGAAGUCUGGCUAUCUCGCCGAUGCCUGGACAGUCUUUUGCAACCAGUCACCGGGACAUCACUUGCUGGAGCUCCAUGCUCUCGGCCUAUGCGUUAAACGGCCACGAGCUCCAAUCCUUGAAGCUUUUCCAAUGCAUGCUACUGUCGGGCCUGGUUCCCGACGAGACCAUCGUCGCGAUUCUGCUCUCCGCUUGCUCGCACGCCGGCCUCUUCGAAUCUGGAGUGGAGUUCUUCCGCUCCGUGAGCCAGGACUUUAG